UAAAACCUAUCCACUUUUCGUAGUACGGGCUAAUCGGGAAGUUACGCCACACGUGAUCAAAUUACUCUCGAAGUUACUACUCUCCAGAUAAGCUAGUAAUCGCGCUUCGCUUCGUAGAGGCCUACAGGUCCCAGUAACCUAUUUGACCUAUUUCACAUUUCAUAUCCUAGACCUAGUGGUUGCAGAAAUUUACGUCAUCAACAAACGCGAGCGUCUGCGCUACCGCAGCUCAGUGAGAGGAAGUUGUCAGUGUGCAGAAAUAAGGCCAAUAACCCACACUUGUACUUUUUCAAAAAUUCCGUAACAUCUGUUAGUCGUUUUUACGCAGAAGAAGGUGGAGGAUUUACAUUGGUUGGCGAUGGUGACACCACGAGAAGGUGAUGCAAAUCAUUGAGCACCCCGUGAAGAAACUGCGCGCUGCGCUCAUCUCUAGCCGGCUCGACCUUAUUGAGCGGUACCAGCAGUACAGUGACGGAGAAAAGAAGGUUUUGGAGGACUGCCUUCGUCCGGACGGUGUCCUCUUUCGGGCCAUCACCGUCCGCUCCGAUUCAGACUGGAUUCCUGCGCACCCGGAGGAAUCAUAUGACUUCCAGAGCUUCUUUAGCAACCCGUAUCGCAGCACCCCAUGCAAAGGUCACCAUACAAUUUACAUACAGACCAUUGGAUCCUUUGGUGAGGCUGCCUUGCACACAAACCUUUAUGUGGAAUGGUUGCGGCAGUAUUGUGAGGCAUUUUACUACGGGCUGGUUGUGAAGACACUACCACCUGUCACAGUACAGUCCACGGGAUGUACAUUUAGGGUUAACAGCUGUAGCAACAACCUGCAGCUCUAUGCAGGUGAUUUGCUGAGGUUUCUGAAGAAGAGGAAACCUAAAGAUGCUUUCUGUAUAGUAGGCAUAACCAUGAUCGAUCUCUACCCUAAAGAGUCCUGGAACUUUGUCUUUGGACAGGCCUCCCUCACCGAAGGAAUGGGAGUUUUCAGUUUUGCCAGAUAUGACGAUAACUUCUAUCAGCGUAAUUAUGCCGGGCAACUUAAGAAAGGCAGCAAACCAAAGCCGGGAGACUACAGUGUUUUCAACAAUUACUAUAUUCCACCCAUCACCAGCACCCUGCUCCUUAGGUCCUGUAAGGUUGUGAGCCAUGAGGUCGGGCACAUGUUUGGCCUGCAGCAUUGCCAAUGGCUCCAGUGUGUCAUGCAGGGCUCCAACCACUUGGAGGAGUCAGAUCGCGGGCCUCUCAGCCUCUGCCCCAUAUGUCUGCGCGAGCUCCAGUCUAGCAUCGGCUCUAAAAUAGCCGACAGGUACAAGGCCCUGCUACAGUGGGUUCAUGAUGAUGGAGGCAGUGCUGGUGUGCAUGCGGUCAAGCCAACAGAGGCCUUCCAGGAGUACGGGCAGUGGCUUCAGAGGUGUCUGGCCAUGAUGGAAUAGUAAACCGAAUAUGUACAGUAGGGGACUGCUUCCUGUCUGGUUAGUGUGCUGAAUAAGGUCCUCGAAAACUUUGCUCAAAUGUGAACGUAGCAUGUAUGACAAACCCUUACUUUGUUAUGUAUGAAAUGAGAAUGUACAGUAAUUUACAGUUUUGACUAGGUAAGACAAAGAUUUAUCAUAUUAUUUUUUAUUCAUGGAAUAAAAUCUUACAAAAUCA